AUGUUUAGACCAGCUCAAAUUCUAUACAAUAGUAUAAAUGAAAAGCCAAUUGGUAAGUGUAAUUUUGCUAAUGUUUGUAGAAUGAAGAAUUAAAGUGAUCUCUGUUCUAUUAGUUUUGUAUUAAGGUACAUAUAUAUACUUGAAUGAAUAGUAUGGUAAUAUUUAAAUUUGCUUAUGACUUUAUACAACACAAUUUUAUUGUUACCAUACCAUUUAUCUCGGUAGUAAGUAAGUACUUUAAAAAGUUUGAAACACAAAGUCAAAUUUUAUAGACUUAGAAUAAAAAGAUGUCUCAUUGAUUCUUUUAAUUGAACAAUUAUUGCAAUGCAAUCACUAAUAAUUAGAUUCCAUAUUACAAAAUAUAUUGUAUACAUUUUAUUAUAUCCAUAUAUCUGUGAUUUCCAGUUAAAGCACUCGGCGGACAGUUUGUCACUGUGGACGAAUUAAGGAAAAAUAACGAUUUCAUUGUGGUUGCUGCAUCUUUGAACGAGGAUACAAAAUUCAUUGUAAGUCGGGAGUGGUUUGCCACUAUGAAACCCAACGCCAUACUGGUCAAUAUUGGUCGCGGACGUUAGUAUUAGACAUCCAUAUAUAAACCUAAUUUAAAAAAAUAAAAGAGAAAUUUGAUUAUAAAACUAUUAUAAGGCAAUCAUAAUAUAUAUAUAUAUAUAUAUAUAUAUAGGUCUGAGAGAUGGCUUUUAAAGUGCUAGAAAAUAGGAUAAAAAUGAAGACAGAAAAUUGGAUUGGAAAAAAAGUAGUUCUAAAUACUAUAAUGCAGAAUAAUGUUUAAUAAUGCAGAACUUAGAAUAAUAUGAAAACCAAUAAUGCAUAGCUAUAAUAACAGGAGUCUAAACUCUUGGAAGUCUUAAUUCAACUCUAUUGAAUUCUAUGUAUUUUUACUGAAUGAUAAUUUAGAUUUUAAAAAAAAAACAGCUGAUACUGGGAACACGUGUGGCCACUGUUGAAGUCGAUGAACUAUUAAUGAAAAACGAUUUUGAGUGAAAUUUGGUUAUACAUAAUAUGAUAGAACAUAGUAUUUGUAAACAUUUUAAAACAUAAAAAAUAAAAUAUACUAUCAAGGAUAACCUGUAAUGAAUCUCCUGUCAAAUUUUUAAACUUUUCUAUGUAGUCUAAUAAUUUUAUCCACAGAAUUUCUAUUAAAUAAAAAUUCAUCAUUAAAAAUCGCAAAAUUAAAAUCUCUAUAAUUCAAAAAUGGCUCAAAUAUUUUGAAGAUUUACCACGUCUAGAAAAAGCAAAUUCUGUCAAAAUUUUAAAAGAAUUAGUUAAAAAAAAAAACUAUUUUUUAAUAAUAUAAGAAUUAUUUUUAGAAUUUUCCCAAUUAUAAUUUUUUGCUUAUGUUUUAUUUUUGUUUAUUAUUAAUAAAACUAGCCAGAAAAUCAAAAAAACGACUCCCUUGGUCACCAACUACGAGGGACGUCCAGAAAGUUAGGUUACAACAUGUGUUAAAAAUUGAAAAAUUAAUAUAUUUAAAUGAAAUUUACAAGAUAAAUGUCAAAACAUGUCAUUAUUUCUCUACAUAAUCGCCAUUGAGUUCAAUACAUUUUUUUAAUAUCCCACUCAAAUGAAACUAGGAGGUCCUGAGUGAGAUAGAUGGUAUGAGGUCUAGCGUUGUCAUAAAGGAGUGACACACCACAGGUCAGCAUUCCUCUCCUUUUGUCUUUGAUUUUUUAUUUUAACUUCUUGAGUGUCUCACAAUAUGCAGCUGCAUUUAUGGUGGUUCCUUUAGGCAAAAAAUCGACCAAUAAUAUCACUUUCCGGUCCCAAAAGACAGAUGCCAUGAUCUUUCUCUCUGAAAAUUGAACUUAGAAUUUUUUGGUUGAUGGUGAAUGGGUAUGGUGCUACUGUAGAGACUAUUUUUUUGACCCAGGAGUAUAGUGACACGUUUCGUCCUUCACGGCCCUUGUAACCUUAGUUUCUGGACGUUCCUUGUAGAUAAAUAAAUUAAUCAAAAAAGGUUUGAGUAUAUAAAAAGUACAUAGUAAUUCCAAUAGAUCCUUCUCUACACUCUGAAUCUAAUAUAAGGUUCUAUACAUUUGGUUUUCUGUCACUUUUACUUUCCAAAAUAUUUGUAGUUAAGAAAGAGUAGGAGUAAAAAUAAAUGUAGUUUUAAACCAUCCUUAAUAUCCAAUUUAAGCCUAACCUCAACCUCUAUAUCUAUGGUAAUUUUUUACAGAACUGAUCGACCAAGGCGCUCUGGUCGAAGCACUCCAAGAGAAAAAGAUCAGAGGCGCUGGACUGGAUGUGAUGACACCCGAACCAUUACCGCUAGACCAUCCAAUGAUUAAUUUAGACAAUGUGUGUACGUAGAUUAUAUUGUUAUUGUUAAAAAAUAUAUAGAAUUUGUUAUUAAUAAUUUUAGUACUGUUGCCACAUGUUGGCAGUUCGACAUAUGAGACAGUAGAAAAAAUGGCCAUGUUGACUGCUGAGAACAUAUUGGCUGUUUUGAACGGAGACCCUAUGCCAGCUGAAGUGGUUAUUUAA